AUAUCUAUUGUAGUGUCAACGGAUUAUGUUUGCGUCCAUGAAAUGUUCGUGACCAAUUUUGCAUGAUAAAGACAGAUAAGGCAAAUCACUUGUCUUGUACAAUGGUAUGGAUGUGGCUUUUAGUAUUGGUAUUUCCAGAAACACUUGUGUUGGUGUCUGGUCGUGCCAAAGCCUCACUCCCACGAAACACGGUACACUCUUGUGCGACGACUGCCUGUCCAGAAGGGGACCGCCCAAUUUUGGAAAAUUCGAAGUGCGUCUGCAAACGUAAUUUCAAUUAUUGUUCUCACACUUCUGAGUGUGGCCAUUGUGAACGAGAUCAUCAGAGUUACUGCCACAGAAGUAGCCAUCAAUGUGGAUGUCUACAUGCACCACACGGUGCUCAAAGCUGUACCACGGAUAGCAACUGCAGAGCUAUGCAUUGUGAACAUGGACAUUACGAAAAGAUCUGUCAUAGCAAGAAAUGUUAUUGCAUGAAGAUGGAACCACCCCCGGGAUGUCAUCGUCACCGUCGUCAUCACCCUGAGCAUCACGAAUGUUCUGAUGUCCACUGUUCUUCUCCAUACAGGACUGUCUGCCUACAAGAGCAAUGUGCAUGUAUAAGAAGUCCUCCUCCUCCAACAACAACAACGACAACAACAGCACCAACCACAACGACAACAAGACCAACCACAACGACAACAAGACCAACCACAACGACAACAACACCAACCACAACGACAACAACACCAACCACAACGACAACAACACCAAAAACAACGACAACAACAGCACCAAAAACAACGACAACACCAACGACAGGUGUGACACAGGUGUCAUGUCCGCACUGUGACGAAACUUUAGACUGUACCUGGAACAGAACGUGUCCGGUCUCCCAGACGUGUAUGAUUAGAUCUUACACCGGAUUUAGAUUUACAGUGCACUGCUCUGUGAGAGAUGACUGUAACUUUAUACAACUUGCCUUACCUAAGGGUGAGAUCUACUGUUGUGACGAUAGACAGUGUUUAACCACAUACCUGGGUAUUUGAAUAAAUAUACUAGUAGAA